AGCAGUUCUGACUAACUCGAGGUGCACUAUCGUAACUAUUUAGACUGAGGCUCAACUCCUAAACAGUCCUGGAAACAUGGCAACCUAGUCUAGAAAGGCAGCACUAGAAAAACCGUGAUAAGAAAUUACAUUUGAUCCCAUUCUCUCCACAGCCAUGAUGCCAAACAAUCUUGUGCGAGGGUCAGUGGACGACACAUUGACUUUACCCUGCAAGUAUCCGGUUGAUGGAGGUCCCAGAGAGGUUUGCUGGGGUAAAGGUAGCUGUCCUAUCUCUGGCUGUAAGAACAAGGUCCUCGCUGUUGAUGGCACCAACGUGAUCUGGGCCGAAUCCAACAGAUACAAGUUAUUGGGAGAUGUCACAAAGGGUGAUGUAUCCUUAACCAUCAGUGGGUUGACGAAGGAUCAGGAGGGAACCUAUUGUUGCCGCGUUCGGAUCCCGGGAUUAUUCAAUGACAUAAAAAAUGAGAUAAAACUGGAAAUAAAAGACGUCAAUCUUGUCAGAGGGUCAGUAAACGAUAAACUGGUACUGCCAUGCUCAUACGACGCCGAUAGUGGCACAAACCCAACAUGCUGGGGUCACGGCCAUUGUGGACUACUCAAAUGUCACAACAAGAUCCUUCAAAGCGAUGGCAAUGAAGUAACCUGGAGAGCAUCAGAAAGAUAUAACUUAGAUGGGAACUUAGCAAAGGGGAACGUGUCCUUAACCAUCGAAUCGGCAAACGCGGAUGACGGUGGAGUCUACUGCUGCAGAAUCGCCGUACCUGGAGCCUUCAACGAUAUAAAGAAGGAAAUCCGUGUAGAGAUCCGUGAUGCUGACCGUGUGACAGCCCUUGUAGGAGAUACCGUGACAUUACCCUGUAAAUAUAAUGUCAGCGAGGGCACAACCCCUAUGUGCUGGGGACGAGGCACUUGCCCAACAUUUAAGUGUACAGACACCAUUCUCGAAACUGAUGGCGAUGUGUCCUGGAGUGAGUUAGAAAAAUACAAGCUGACAAGAAACAUAAAAACUGGAGAUGUGUCCCUGACCAUCAGAUCGGUGACAAAAGAGGACGAAGGAAUGUACUGCUGCCGCGUGGAGGUCCCCGGACUCUUCAACGACAAGAUGAAGGAAAUCAAUUUGGAAGUGGAGGAUGAUAAGACAAAACUGGAGCUAUUUGGCAGGUCCCAUUGGACCUAUAUUUGCAGACACAACAAUGAAGCCUAUAACAAUGAAGCAAACCCGGUCUCGUUCAGAACUUUAGGACUUAGGGAGGAGGAAGAGGAGGAAAGAGGAGAGGAGAGCGAAGGGAGUACAGAAGGAAAGGAGGCCAAGAAGGUCAAGAUGGAGAAUAUUGGACUCACCGCUGUGAGGAGAAUGAAGACCUGGCCCUUAUCCUUCAUGGGAAGGAACAAUGUAUGUGACCUCCCAGGACCAAGUAACAUUAACCUAAUGGACAAGACACCAGGUCUUGUGGCACCAGCUGUAGUUGUGACUGGACCCCUAAAUGGCAGAGUCACGAUACCUUGUACAAAUUCUGACACAACAACCACAAUGUGUUGGGGACGAGGCCAUUGUCCAACAUCCAAGUGUAAUGAUGACAUCAUCUGGACCGAUGGCCACAAAGUGAUCUGGAGGAAAUCUGACAGAUACCAGUUACUGGGGAACAUCAGACAGGGGGACGUGUCCCUGACCAUCACCGGGGCCAUUAAAGAAGAUGAAGGAACCUACUGCUGCCGUGUGGAGAUCCCUGGAUGGUUCAAUGAUUUGAAAGAAGAGGUGACAGUGAAGAUAGAAGAAGAAGAAAUCCCAGAUCUUCAUCGUACAGCUACAGAGCAAGACUUCACCACUCUGGAAGAAUGUCCUGAUGAUACAGAAUAAUCCUGAACAAUCUUCAAAAGUAACAGAAUCAUAAACAAGCAUGAAAUGGACAAAUGGAUGUAAGAUUCAUAAAGUGAAAUUCUAAAGUCUAAUAAAAGAUAUGUGAUCAAAUCUC